AUGUUCUCAUCAGGGGUGGGCCAACAAAUCGCCAUCAAGCUGGCCGAACAGGGCGUCAUCAGGCUAUUCUUGGUCGACUUGAACGACAAAGGUCUACACGAGACCAAAAAGUACGUGGAAGAAAAGUCGAGUGCCGCACAGGUCGCUCUACACCUGGCAGACGUCUCGAAUGCUUCCUCGGUCAAGGCCAUGGUCGACGAGUGCGUGAAAAUCUUCGGACGACUUGACUUUGCGGCCAACAAUGCCGGAAUUGGCUUGGGAGGCACGAGAACACAUGAAACCGACACCGCCAUGUUCGAGAAACUGUACAAGGUCAACGAGAAAGGAGUGUAUCUGUGCACCAAGUAUGAGGUGCAACAAUUCCUGAAACAGGAACCUCUGGACUACCUUCAGCCAGGAGACCGCAAGGAACGCCAGGUGCGAGGCUCGAUCGUCAACACGGCGUCCCUCUCCGGCACCGCCUCCGUGCCCACCUUGUCCUCAUACAACAGUGUCAAGCACGCCGUGGUCUCGAUGACCAAGAACGACGCCAGGCAGUACGCCCCGUCUGGCAUCCGCGUGAAUGCAGUGUCACCGGGCUUCACGCUGACCCCCAUGUUGACCGGAGGCGGAGCAGGUCUGGAUGAGGCCUUCUAUGCUGGGGCCAAAUUACAGAGUCCCAUGAACCGCAUGACCUUCCCCGAGGAAGUCGCCGAGGCGGUGGCUUUCUUGUCUGGGAGUCGGGCUUCUGCCAUCUCCGGGGUUAACCUGCACGUCGAUGCUGGUGCUUCAUUGUACCAUGUCAUUUAG